CUUAAGAAGUUGGUAAUUUGUGUGAUUGUGGGAAACAGUUUAGUUUAGGCAUUGUUAAUUACAAAAUGGCGUUGUGUUGUGCGAUUUCCAACGAAGUUCCCGAGCAUCCGGUGGUGUCCCCAUCCUCUGGGGCGAUAUUCGAGAAGAGGAUCAUUGAAAAAUACAUCCUAGAGAAUGGCAUAGAUCCAAUAAGUGGAAAAGAGUUGACCCCGGAAGAACUUAUUGACAUUAAGACACCACCGAUUGUUAAACCAAAACCUCCAAGUGCAACCAGUAUACCAGCUACUUUGAAGCUGCUUCAGGACGAGUGGGAUGCUGUUAUGCUGUACAGUUUCACACAAAGACAACAACUGCAGACGGCCAGACAAGAACUCAGCCAUGCUCUGUAUCAACAUGAUGCUGCAUGCAGAGUCAUCGCCAGAUUGAACAAGGAAGUUACUGCAGCCAGGGAAGCUUUGGCCACAUUGAAACCACAGGCAGGCAUUACAAAUGUCCCACAACCUGCUGUUGCAGUGGAAGCAGGCGGUGUAGCAAAUCAACCGACAGAACAAGCGGGUAUGAGUCCGGAGGUCAUUCAGAAACUUCAAGACAAAGCUACGAUUCUUACACAAGAGCGCAAAAGGCGCGGAAGGACAGUACCGGAAGAUCUUGUCACUCAAGAGGUUUUGCGUUCGUUCAGGACACUGGCGUCUCAUCCCAGUUUACAUUCUGCCAGUGUACCUGGUAUAUUAGCGUUAGAUAUAAACCCGUCAGACACCAGUAAGAUUUUAACGGGAGGCAAUGACAGGAAUGCGACAGUCUUUAACAAGGAUACGGAACAGGUGGUUUGCAUUUUGAAGGGACACACGAAGAAGGUCACGAAAGUUAUAUAUCAUCCUGACGAGGAUAUCGUAAUCACUGCGUCUCCGGACUCGACGAUUCGCAUUUGGAAUGUGCCCACCUCGCAGACAACACUUCUUCUACGUUCGCACGAAAACGCUGUAACAGGUCUAUCACUUCAUCCCACCGGAGACUACAUCCUGUCCACAUCCGAGGAUCAGCAUUGGGCCUUCUCUGAUAUCCGCACAGGUCGUCUGCUAACCAAAGUUGCAGAUCAAUCUAAUGUUGCAUUGACGACGGCACAAUUCCAUCCUGACGGUCUCAUCUUCGGCACCGGCACCGCAGAUUCACAGGUGAAAAUCUGGGAUCUCAAAGAACAAAGCAACGUUGCUAAUUUCACAGGUCAUUCCGGUGCCAUAACAUCAAUCUCGUUCUCCGAGAACGGUUAUUACCUAGCGACGGCCGCGGAUGAUGCAUGCGUCAAGUUAUGGGAUUUGCGUAAACUGAAGAAUUUCAAGACUCUACAAUUGGACGAAGGUUACCAGAUCAAGGAUCUGUGCUUCGAUCAAAGCGGCACUUACUUGGCUGUAGCCGGAACAGACAUCAGAGUAUAUUUAUGCAAGCAAUGGCAGGAAUUGAAGGUAUUCAACGAUCACACAGCCGCGGCAACCGGCGUCAGGUUCGGAAAGCAUGCUCAUUACUUGGCUUCGACAUCAAUGGAUCGCACAUUGAAAUUGUACGGUCUCGAGUAAAACUAGUAUUCGUCUCUUAUUAUUUUUUUUUUUCAUAUUUUUUUUUGUCAAAAUAAUUAAGUGAGAAUGUUUAUACGAUUAUUAUUUCUCCCCCUCGUCGUUUGUUUCUUAUAUUAGUCUAUUUUUUAUGUACAAAAUUAAUGUUAAUUUCAAAUCCACCCCCAACCCAAGCAUCUUGUAUUUGCGAAAUUUCAGCAAGUAUUUAUUUGAAAAAAAAGUGUAAAAGAAAAAAAAAUUCAAACUUGAAUAAUACUUAUUAUUUUUUA